AUGAACAGCUACAUCCAGAACUAUGGCGACCAACCUCUUGACCUGAGUACAGCGCCAUCAUCUUCAUCAAACGUUUCAAGUUAUUUCAUGAAUCAACACCAUUCACAAUCAAGUAAUAACGGGAACAAUAAUAACAAUGGCAUAUCUAAUCAAUUUUGGAGAAAGCCAAAUACUGCAAACACAACUUCAUCUUCCACGUUCACUCCAAUAACAUCUGCAAAUAACAAUAAUAACAAUACUGCUAAUUCAUCAACAUCUACAAUCCCACCACAAUAUUCAAACCAACAAAGAUCUUUUAAUAACGAUCGUCAUUUCAAUCAAAUCCCAGCAAAUAACAACAAUAACAAUUUUGAUUAUCCUUCAAAUAAUAAUGAAAAAGAAGAACGUUUAAAAAUUGAUUUGAAAAUUAAAGAAAGUCAAAUAGAAUCAUUAGAAAAUGAAAUUCAAAGAUUAUCUGAAUCAAUGAAUUUAAUUGAUUCCAAGAAUAAUAACUCAUUAUUAUCAAAUAAUCAACAAAUUCCUAAAAAUAUUAAUGAAAUUUUUAAUAAAUUAACAAAUAAUUAUACAAUUUUAGAAAAUGAAUUAAAUGAUACAAAAAAAAGAUUAGAAUCUUUAAUCACUUCAAUCACUUUAAAUCCAACAAAUUCAAUAACUAAUAAUGGAAGAUAUGAUGAAUUGGAAAUUUCUCACAAGAUUAUUUUAAAAUUAGAUUUAUUAAAACAAGCAAAUGAAGAAAUGUUGAAACAAUUAAGUUUUGGUAAAAGUAAACAAGUUGAUAUUGAAUUAAAUUUAUUAAAAAUGGAAAAUGCUAAAUUAAAAGAAAA